AUGGACUGCAACCCGCAAAGAGUCGUUGCUUGGUGGCUUGUCGUCUUUUAUUCGGUGUCGACCCUGGCAGAAAGUCGGCUGUUCUAUAACCAAGCAUCAAAUGUAGUGGACUUCUUCAAACCUCCGGCCGGGACAUCCGGGAGAGUGCCAGCCCGGCUGUCUGCGGUGCAACAGCAGGCGAGCUCGCAGCUCGACGAGCGGCCUCGGCCCAUCGUGGUCAGGUGUCACCCGGAUUCCAUGGAAAUUGUGGUGCAGGCCGAUUUAUUUGAUACAGGCCUUCAGGUGGACGGCGAGCACCUGCGAUUGGGUUCAAACUUCUUGAGUAAGGACGGUGAAUGUGGGGCGGUCCCGUCGGGUGAGGAUGACUUCACCAUUGUGACUCAGCUGACUGACUGUGGAACCAAACUCUCAUCAACUGAAGAGAAGAUCAUAUAUUCUAAUGUCCUGGUUUACUCGCCUGAACCUUCUGCUGAUGGUUUGCUCAGGCUGGAUGGUGCAACUAUACCAGUUGAAUGCCAUUAUGAAAAGCGAUAUUCAGUGGAUGGCAUCUCCUUGAAUCCCACGUGGGUUCCUUUUGUCUCCACGACCUCUGUGGAUGACCAGAUAGACUUCAAUCUGCAAAUCAUGACAGAUGACUGGCAGUUUGAGAGGGAAUCUUAUAUAUAUUUCCUGGGUGAUCCCAUUCACGUUGAAGUCUCUGCAAUGAUGGGGAACCAUCUGCCCCUGCGAGUGUAUGUUGACCACUGUGUGGCCACAGCAACUCCUGAUCCAGAGUCGUCAUUAAGAUAUGAUUUUAUUGAGCAUCAUGGGUGUCUUGCAGAUGCUUACCUCACAAAUUCAAACUCUCGUUACCUGCCGAGACUUGAUGAACACAAGCUGAGGUUCCAAAUAGAUGCCUUCAAUUUCUACCAAGAACCCAGCAACCAGAUCUAUAUAACCUGCCAUCUAAAGGCUGUUCCAGUUGCGCUGUCUGUCAGCUCUCGGAACAGAGCCUGCUCUUUAAUUGGGAACAGAUGGCAGUCGAUAGAUGGGAGUGACCAGGCAUGCAGGAGCUGUGAUCUCUCCCAACGGGAGGAGGAACCACCAACAGAACCACCAACAGCAGCUCCUACAACUACAACUACAGUAGCCCCACAAACGCAUCCCAUCAUUACUUUAGAGGAGAGUAAAAAUGAACACUAUCCAGCCACUUACAUCCGUGUCCAUCCUGCACCGUACCAAGGCAUAAAACGCCAGCAGUCCUCUAAAUUAGUAAAGAGAAAUGCAGAGCACAAAGCACAGCAAGCCAUCCAGCUGGGACCCCUUACUAUAAUGCCAUUCAGCAAAUCUGUCUCAAGGGAACUACUUGCACAAAAGAACAAGACCGCCUGAGACUCGGCAGGCCUGACUGGAGAGUGACAAAGGGA